AUGGAGGCCACCCUCACGAGGCACUCCGCCACAAAGGGCUACAUAGACAGGUUCUGGGACAACCUUGUCAAGGUUGGCAAGGACAAAAUCACCCAGGCGUACCUUAAGACCAGGUUGGCUCUGUUGGAGAGUUACUGGCAACGCUACCAGGAGAUUCACUACGACAUAAUUGGCUCUGAGGGCGCUGAGGUGGAGGCCUAUAAGGAUAGCGACGACUAUACCACCACGGAGGACAGUUAUGUGCUCUUCAAGGCACGGAUCGUCUCCGCGAUGAAGGAGGAAUCGCCGCAGCCGAAGCAGGAGACUUCGGCUUCCGCGGUCUCCUUCGCUAAGCAGAUCCAGCUGCCGAAGAUCAGCCUGCCGACCUUCUCCGGGGACCUGCUGGCAUGGGAGAGCUUCCGAGACCUCUUCCAAUCGCUAGUCAGCGGCGUUCCCGACCUAGCCCCUGUGCAAAAGCUGCAGCACCUCAAGUCCAGCCUAUCGGGCGAGGCUGCUGCGGCUGUCCUCAACGUGGAGAUGACCGACCGUGGUUUCGACUUGGCGUGGACUGAAUUGAAGGAGCGCUAUGACAACCGGCGAGUCUUGCUGGCCAGUCACAUGCGCAACUUCCUGAAUGGGCCAUCGAGCGCGAAGCCUUCCUCCGCUGACCUUAAACGGCUGAGCAGUUCCGUGUUGCAGGCCAAAAGGUCGUUCGAGUCACUUGAACGUCCGGUCGCUCAUUGGGACGAUUGGUUCGUCCACGUGGUGGUCGAGAAGAUGGACCCGUCGUCGCGCCUCUUCUGGGAGGCCUCGUUACAGACCACCACGGACUUUCCGACACUGGCCCAGCUCCAGGACUUUCUGCAAACUCGCAUUCGGGCGCUGGAGGCAGCCAGCGUCAAAACCGUCUCGUCAGCCGUCGCUCCGGGCCGGACCGAGAAGAAGAAGGUGAACGCGCUCACGGCGUCUACCACGGGCAAGUCAGCUAGCCGCUGCGGCCUUUGCCAGGGUAACCACCUUUUUAAUUAUUGCUCGCGUUUCAAAGCGCUCUCGGUGUCCCAGCGACGGGACCACGUCAAAAAGCAGGGUGCGUGCUUCAACUGCCUCCGGCUAAAGCACGCGGUGACCGAUUGCCCGUCUAGCUUUCGGUGCUCGCGCUGUGGCGAGAAGCACCACACACUGCUCCAUCCUCCUGAUGCUGACUCCGCCUCGGGACAAGAUUCUGCGGCAAAGGGGAAGGACCCCGGCUCGACUUCGAGCGCGAACACCGAGCCCGCGGUGACCACCAACGUGGCGGCGCUCACGAGCUCUGUGGGGACCCGGAUCCUGCUGUCGACAGCCCGAUUGGUUUGCUCAAACCCUGAGGGUGGCGCGGUCACUGUGCGGGCUCUCUUGGACUCGGGGUCGGAGGCCUCUUUUGUGACAGAGCGGGUCGCACAGCGUCUCGGCCUGAACCGGAGGCGCGUGCAUAUUCCUGUGUCCGGCAUACAAGGAACUACCUCGGGCGUUGCCACUCACGCGGUCGCCUUGACAAUCGGGUCAUCGCGGGACCGCGGCGUGCGCCUGCAUCUGCCAUUCGCGUUGGUUUUGCCUCGGCUCACCUCUCUUCCAGCAUGUAAAAUGCAACCGCACGCGUGGCCCCACCUUGUGGGCCUGACGCUCGCCGACCCAGAGUACGACCAGCCCGCCCCGGUGGACGCCAUCCUGGGGGCGGACAUCUUCAGCGCUCUUCUCCGAGAGGGACUCAAACGGGGGCCCGAGGGAUCCCCUUCGGCUCAGGCUACCGCCCUGGGCUGGGUACUAAUGGGACGAGUAUCCGCUCCAGCAGCGACACAGGAUCGCUCAGGCGUUUCCGUCCUCCACCUCUCCGCCUCUGGGACUGAGGUGGACUACGCCCUCCAGCGCUUCUGGCAGCUUGAGGAACUGCCAACGGAACCCGCUGCGUCUCCUGAAGACCUCUGCUGCGAGUCUCAGUUCGCGACCACUUAUAGUCGCGACUCGCGGGGCCGGUACACCGUGCGGCUGCCCAGGCGUGACAGCUCCGACGUUCGUCUGAACGACAACCGCCGGGAUGCGCUGAGUCUACUCACCAGCCUGGAGCGUCGGCUGUCACGCAACCCCACCUUACGGGAGCAGUACGCGACCUUCAUGGACGAGUAUCACAAGCUCGGUCACAUGGUCGUUGUUCCGGCGACGGAGGUCCACCAACCCGGGACCCAUUACCUACCGCAUCACGCGGUUUUCAAAAAAUCGGACGCGAACAGCAAAAUUCGCGUUGUCUUCAACGCGUCCCACCGCACCUCUUCCGGUUACGCGCUUAACGAUCUGCUCCUUCCAGGUCCGAAACUGCAGUCUGAGCUCUAG